AUGGAAGAAGGAGGGAAAAUCCAACACUGUGUGAUGGAUGAAUCCCAAAACGGUACGAGCAUUUGGUUUACGGAAUGUGACCCAUCGAUAAAACCAGCUGUCGAUCAGGUGUUUGAUACGUUGGAAGAUGGCAUCGCGUACUACAAGACAUAUGCAUCCAUAAUUGGGUUUGAUGUGCGCAAGAGUUCCGACAUUAAGAAUAGGUAUGGGAUCAUCCUGAAGAAGAAACUAGUGUGCAAUCGUGAAGGGUAUAAGGAUGCAAAACCAGACACCACAGCAGGUCAAAAUACCACCACACAAACAAAACGACGACGGCCGUCUAACAGGGUUGGGUGCAUGGCUAGAAUAGUUUUCAGAAGAAACAGUAAAGGAAGGUACGUGGUCAAGAAGUUUGAAGAGGGGCACACCCACUGUUUGUGCGAGGAGAGUUACAAACCUUUCCUGAAAGGGAAUAGAAAACUAGAUAUUGGCCACCAACAAUUCAUCGCGAACUGCUCAAAAGUCAAUAUUGGGGCUAGUAAAAGUCAUGACCUGUACGCCGAGAUGGUGGGAGGAGUUGAAAACGUGGGAGCGACACAACAAGACUGCAAGAACUAUAGAAGGGAGCUUUUGGCGUACAUGCAAGGAGCAGAUGCGCAAAUGCUAAUAUCCAAAUACCUCGAUCUCAAAUCGGACUAUGACGAUAUGUAUUUCGAAUACGAGGCAAACGAGAAUGACCAGUUGGCACGUGUUUUCUGGGCAGAUGGUAUGGCAAGAAAGCAGUAUAGUGUUUUCGGAGAUGUUGUGUCAUUUGAUGCUACGUACAAAACUAACAGGUACAGUCUCGUGUUCGUCCCAUUCACCGGUAUAGACCACCAUAAAAAAUGCGUAACAUUCGCAGCAGCACUGAUUGCGCGUGAGGAUGUCGACUCGUACUGUUGGAUACUAAAGAACUUUAGAAACGCAAUGGGAAGCACACCACCAUUCACAAUAACCGACCAAGACCCGGCGAUGAAGGUUGCAAUUGCACAAGAAUUCCCAGAAACUCGCCAUCGUUACUGUAUGUGGCACAUAAUGGCGAAGGUCAACGAUAAAGUGAGUCCUGAAUUAGCAAAAAAUGAAGUCUUCCGAAGAGAGCUGAAUGAUGUUGUUUGGAAUGAAAGCUUGACUACCGCCAAAUUUGAGGUUGAAUGGAAAGCGAUUAUAGAAAAGUUUGGCUUAAUUGAAAAUCCAUGGCUAAACCGCAUGUACGACGAGCGCGCAUCGUGGAUCCCUGCAUGUUUUGAAGGUGUUUUUAUGGGAGGGCUAUUGCGUACAACAUCACGCUCUGAAGCAGAGAACCGGAUUUUCAGAAGCAACACUAGCAAACAUAUUUGUAAGGAGAUAUGUGCCGGAUGUUUUGAUUGCCGGGUCCGUGGUGUCACCCCUGGUGAGGCCGGGAACACGUAUGAGGUCGAGGAUGAGCACUAUGUACGAUACACGGUGUUCGUUGAACACGGGACAAGGACGACAACCUGCGAGUGCCGAAUGUACAUCCGGAUUGGACUGUUGUGCAGCCAUGCAUUUGCAGUGUUAAUAUAUGACAGGAACGAGGACAUACCCCCCAACAUAUCACACCCCGUUGGACACGAACCGCAUUAA